CAAAAAUGUUUUCUUUUUCAUUAAAUUCUCGGUAGGUUUUUGUUUCUCUCUCAUAUAAUUAAUGUUCUGAGGUAGUUGUCGGUGGAGCAGUAGCAAAGCAUCCUAUGCAAGGAUCUCUGUCCUUAACCUUAUCUCUGUUUGGACACUCGUCUAACUUCUCAGUCUUGUGUCCUUAGACCCAUCAAGGAUAAGCUUCUUCUGCUGCAUUUUGGGUUUCUUCUCUCGCUCUCUAAUUUUCUUUCUUCAUUUCAACUGCUUUAUGAUGAGGGAAACAAUGGUGGAUGAUCUGUUUGGCUAGUGUUUAUGAGGGCAAUUUCUUGUUAAGUUAGCUACCGAGUCCAUGUCAGCAGUUGUAUGGAAGGCAAUUUGAAACCAUGGAUAACAAAUCUUGGCUUUGGAGGAAAAGAUCUUCAGAAAAGACAAUCCUUGCAACAAACAAAUUUGGCAUUUCUGUGGAAGGGAUUGAUAAAGAGGCAGAAAAGCUUCAAAAUAGAAAUGAAUUAGGAUCUGUUAGACCUGUGAGAAAUUUGAAUGAGAAGUUGGCUUCCGUGCUCCUUGAUUCUUCUGCCAAAGAUGAUCUUCUGAUCAAACAAGAGAAGUUGAUGCAAGAAGACAUUGCAGGCCAGGAGGAGGCUAAAGUAGCGUGUCUGAGAAAAGAUCUAGAUGAAGAUUUAAAGCAAGGAGUAGCUGCAAAUGAAAAAUUACCUAAUUCAGAUGCUGCACUGAAGGCAUGUAUGCAGCAACUGAGUUCUUUGCAAGAAGAACAGGAGCAAAAGAUACAAGAUGCUGUCAUGAAAGCAAAAAGUGACUUUGAUAAGGAAAAGAAAAAAUUAGAGGAUAAGUUGAGAGAGAUGAACAAAAAGGUCGCAAGUUUAGCUGUUGAGAACACAAAUUUUAGUAAGGCCCUUGUACUCAAAGACAAAUUGGUGGAAGAACUGCAUAUACGUUCGUCUCAGACAGCUGCAGAAUUCGAUGCACUAAUGGCUAGAUUGGAUACCACAGAAAAAGAGAAUGCUCUUCUGAAAUAUGAAUUUCACAUGCUUGAGAAGGAGCUUGAGGUUCGCAAUGAGGAAUUGGAAUACACACGUCGCUCUGCUGAUGUAUCACACAGGAAACACUUGGAAAGUGUUAAGAAAAUCUCAAAUUUAGAAUCGGAAUGCCAGAGACUCCGAGUACUAAUGCGUAAAAAACUUCCAGGUCCUGCUACUUUGGCAAGGAUGAAGAAUGAAGUUGAGACGCUAGGAAGGAAUCCGAUAGAGUUGAGAAAGCCAAAUCCUACAAGAGAUUUGGUUCUUAGAGAUACCAUUGGGGAAAAAUCUUCUGAAAUUCCUGUUAAGAACAUCAAUUUCCUGAUUGAGCAACUACGGGGUAUGGAAGAAGAAAAUAGAACUCUCAAAGAAAUACUGACCAAGAAGAAUACUGAACUCCGAUCUUCAAGAAUCAGGUAUUCACAAACAGCUUCAAAGUUGACACAGGUUGAGACUAAACUUAUAGAGCUUUCUGGCGGUCAGAAACAUGUGGAUUUGGCAAAGUGUAGUCCAGUAUCAAGUGAACUUUAUCCUCUUGCAGGUUUUGAUUUUGGCAGUGAUGAUGGACUUAGCUCUUCUGGUUCAUGGGCUAAUGCUCUAAUGUCAGAACUGGAACAUUUCAAAGAUGCAAAACUCAAGGGUCCAUCAGAUUGCAGAGCUAUUGAAGUUUCAAAUAUUAGUUUAAUGGAUGAUUUUGUUGAGAUGGAGAAAUUAGCUCUGGUUUCUGCACAAACACCUUCUGCAGGCACUAGUCACUCCCUCUCAACUGGUAAGGAACUAGUUCCAGUAGUACAAGGUCAGUCUGGCUGUAACGAAAAACAAGAAGUCCACUCCAGACAUGUUUCCGCUGAUAAAUCCUUUGAUUGGAUUCAAGAGGUUCUGAAUGCUAUUUUCAAAGAACAACGUAUUUCAAAACGAAGUCUAACUGAACUUCUUGAGGACAUCAAAAUAGCUUUGGGUUAUAUAAAUCAUCCAAGUGUCUUUCAAGUUGAUACAACAGCAAUGUCCAAGCAUUUGGAGUCAGACAAUAGAAGUUGUCUCACUUGUAAGUCUUCGUACAUAUCUUCAAUAAUCCAUUCAUUAAAUGAAGCUUCCACUGCUGAAGCCUCUGCAAAAGAAACAAUGAAACAGUGUAGCCUACUGAAUCUGGGCAAGUCAAUCGGCAAGAUCAUUCAGCUGAUUGAAGGAAUCAAUCCAACUCCUCUGCUCUGCAAUGGUGCAACAGAUAAUAUGUCAAAGAGGGAAGAAAGUUCCUUGUUCUCAGCAGUGUCUGCAGACUACUCUGUUCAUGUUUUUCAGUGGAGGAGUUCUGAACUAAGUUCUAUUCUGAAGCGUUUUAUUCUGGCUUGUAACUCUUUGUUGAAUGGAAAAGCUAGUACUGAAUUUUUUGCUGAGGAAUUGUUGUUUACUUUAGACUGGAUUGUGACUAGCUGUGUUACCCCUAAAGAUGCUUCAAGCGCAAGAGAUAAGAUCAAAAGGCAUUUCAGUCAGAGUGAAUCACAGAGGGACAGCGAAGUUGGAGUUGAGGUGGAUUUUCGACUGAUGGAUUCAAAUGCCAUUUGUAGUUUCAAAGAGAAACCACCAUGUUUUCCAUCUGCUGCUUCUUUUAAUGAGCAAAACAGUUUAUUUCAAAUCAAGUCUGGAUGGUGUGAUCUGCAAGAAGAGAUCAGAAGAUUAAAAGAUAAGCUGAAGAAUAUGGAAUCUGGGAAAGAAGAAAUGGAGAUCAAGCUUCAGCGUGCAACUGAUAAGAAUGAAACUUUGAUGAUGCAACUUCAGAAAUCAGAACAAAGCAUGAAGAGCCUACUAUUAGAGCUGGAAUCUAUGAGAGAAUCCAAGGGAAUGAUUGAGGAUCAGAUGGAAAAUCAAAAGUUGAUCAAUGAAGAUCUUGAUACUCAGCUGACAGUUGCCAAAGCAAAAUUGAAUGAGGUCUUACAGAAGUUCACAUCUUUGGAAGUUGAAUUGGAAGAAAAAAACAACUGCUGCGAAGAAUUAGAAGCAACUUGUCUAGAGCUUCAACUCCAGCUGGAAAGUGUUGCAAAGAAGGAAUCUUCGAACUACACCACAAGUGAAGACAGAACACAAAACCAAAAUGGCUCGGAUAUCACUGCAGCUUCCUUAAAGUUGGCGGAAUGCCAAGAGACCAUUCUUAACCUUGGGAAACAACUGAAGGCACUGGCUACACCAACGGAAGCAGCUUUAUUUGACAAGGUAUUCAAUGCCAAUGGUUCCACCACAACUGCGGCUAUUAAUAAGUCCUGGAAUAGGCGUUUCUCGUUGCGUGAUCAAAUGUUGGCUGAGGAUACCUCUAAGCCAGUUAUUCUCCGAUCUCCCACCGCAGAUGCAAAAGAUAAUUCUAAUAACAGUAAUUCUAUGAGUGCUCCAAGUUUCCUGGCACCUAGUGCAGAAGCAAAAUUUGAUUCAAGGCAAAAGUCUGGUACUAAUGCUAUUGGCGCUCUUGCUAUUGUACCUGGUAAGAAACAAGGAAUUGGGUUUUUUCGGAGGCUACUAAUGAGAAGGAAGAAAGACAGCAUCAAGAAGUCCCACUCCUUAGUAAAAGUAUGAACGGGAGAAGUUGCAGAAGCCAAGCAGGAACAGAACAGUUGCUGCCACACCCAGAGGAGAAAUAGAAGCCAAACUUUCUCAGGGUCUGAUCUGCUGCCACCGCUUAAUGAAAUGGGAGAUGCUAAUUUGAGGAACCAUGUUGCUUUAGCUCCGCAUCAUCUUUUUUUUUUUUCUUCCCUUUCUUUUGAAAGAGAGAUGCAAUAUGUUUUCAAGUACUGGUAAUGUGUGUACAUCUGGGUUUGAGGGCACUACAGAGCUCACAGCAACACCUGUAAUCAAGAAUGGAAUUAGAGAUGUGCAUGUUGCUGGAGUUGUUAAUGAUGUAUAUUUGUGGUUUGAUUUUGUUUUCACCUGAGCGUGUAGUAUAUAUCAUCCAAUAAAAGCUGACUUUAGAGGGUUGAUGUUAA